AUGAGUACUAGUAAAAAUAAUACACAAGAAGAUAAUACCAACAGUGAUAAAAGUGUUCAGCAGGAAAAAACACCAGUAGAUAACAAUGAGUGCGAAAGAAUGGAGGAAGAGAACAGUGAGGAAGAGAGUGAAGAAGUUGAGCAAUCAUCAUCAAAUAGUGUUAUAGCAGAGAUACAAUCAUCAAAUAGUGUUAUAACAGAGAAGCAAUCAUCAAAAAGUGUUGUAGCAGAGAAACAAUUAACAUCAAAAAGUGUGGGAGGAAAGAGUGUUAAUCAAAACAACAACAAUAAUAAAACUGCGAAGAAAGUGGUAACACAAAAAGCAGCUGUGGUGGUUGAUGAAGAGAGUGAGGAUGAUGAAGUGGACCAGUUGAGGGAUGAAAUAGAUGAGUUAAAGUUAUUAGUGAAGAGAUUGAGUGUGGGAAAUAAAAAGAGAGACGAUGAGAAGAGAAGAAAGCACAUUGUUAGUUUGGCAAAAGACAUAAAGAAGUUAGAUUCAUUCAGUGAAUUCAAGAUAGAAUUAGAGAAUAAUCUUAAGUUUCAUAAUAUAACAGAAGAGAAAGAGCAAGAUCUUCUAAUUUUAGCCAGUUUGAAUCCUAAGAGACAGGCAAUGAUCGAACAUCUCAAAGAGAAAGAUAAGAGAUAUGACAUCAUAUUAGGAACUUUGGAGAGAUUCGAAGGAACUGUGUGCAAGUUAGAUGUGAAAGGUCAAGCUAUCAAGAAGCUGAACGAAUACAAAUUGAAAGUUGGUGCAGAGAAAUCAGAGAAACAUGCGAACUCAUUGGAAACGUUUAUUCUAUUCUGGAAGGACAAUAGACAUUUACCAGGUUUAUCAGAAGACGCAGCCAAGAUCAUGUUUUUCAAUAAUCUCAAUUACGUUGAAUAUCAAGAAAAGAUAGAAAAAUACAUCUAUAGAAUGGAUUAUCGUGAGAAAUCAUUUCAAAAGAUGUUAGAACACAUAUCUGAAUACUGUGAAGAGUUAUCGAGAGUUAGAGUUAAUCAUCAUGCUCAUCGAAGACCAGAAGAGAAAUCAACUUUUAGACCAACAACAACAACAACAACAACAACAACAACAGAGAAAGAUAGCUCAACAAAGAGAGAGGUGAGAUGUUACAGAUGCAAUGGUAUUGGUCAUAUCAAUAUAGAAGAAGAUAUUGAGAUCAUUUUCGGAUCAGAUAUACUUCAAGAGUUAGAGAUGAAGAUAGAGAUAAGAAAUAAGAAGUGGUAUUUAGAGUUCAAUGGAGUAGAGAUAGUAGUAGUAAAUCAGAAAGUAGAUAAAGAAAUAGUAGUAGAUAGUAAAGUAAAUAAUAAUAAUGAGAAAGAAAUAUUAGAGGAAGUAAGAGAGUUAAUAGUUAAAGAAGACUUAGAAGGAUUGGAGAAGAAGAUGGUGGAAAUCUUUAGUGACGUUAUAGUAGAGAAACCGCCAAACUUCAAAAUCAUGGAAAGAGAUAAUGACAUCAUUCAUAAGAUUGUGUUGAAGAAAGAUGCUGUGGUGAAGAAACAACAUCAGUUCAGACGAUCUUACAAGGAAGAGAUGGACAUACAGAUGAAAGUAGACGAGUUAGAAGAGUUAGGAAUAGUAGAGAAAGUACCAGAAGAGUUUUUAGAUCAAGUAGUAGAAUCACCAAUAUUUGCAGUUUAUAAGAAUAAUUUAAAUGAUGCGACAGUAGAAUUAGAGUACAAGAUUCCAGUUGUAGAUGAAGUAAUCAAUAGUUUGAGAGGAUGUAAAUAUUUUAGCAUCGGAGACGUUGUAAAAGGUUACUUUCAUGUGAAGAUGGAUUUGGAGUCAAGGAAAUAUACAGCAUUCAGGACCCGUAAAGGCAUUUACUGGUAUUUACGUAUGGCUAUGGGUUUGAAUGGAGCACCAGCAAGAUUCGCAGAGUUUAUCGAAGAGAAUUUUAGUGACAUAGUAAAAAAUUAUUUCGAUGAUCUCAUUAGUGGCGAUGUGACGUUAGAAGAGAAUGUAGUUAGAGUAAUCAGAAUGUUGAUUAGAUGUAGAGAGAGACAAAUAUAUUUAAGUAGGAAGAAGUUAAAGCUAUUUAGAUUAGAGAUAGAAAUAUUAGGUAGAACAAUAAGAGAGAAUAUCAUUAAUAGUAGUAGUAAGAAGACAGAGAUACUGGAUAGAAUGGAGUAUCCAACAACACCAAAACAAGUACAGCGAACUUUGGGAUUUUUUAAUUAUUAUCGAAAGUUUGUUGACAAGUUUGUUGAAAAGACCAAACACUUAGAAGAACUUAGAGUUUUCAAGACAGAUUUCGAAAUAAAUGACGAAGCAAAGAGAGAAUUCGAUUUAUUGCGAAAAGAGUUGAAAAAUACAGUAGAUCUAAUGUUGCCGGAUCCAACAAAGGAGUACUUUGUUUAUACAGAUGCAAGCGAUAUCGGUAUAAGCGUGGUGAUCUGUCAGAAAGAUGAGAAAGGAGUGUUGAAACCAGUGUUGUUCAGUGGAAGAAGGCUGAAACCAGGAGAGCAGAUCAAGUCGAUUGGUGCACGUGAACUGUUGGCAAUCAAAUACUUUUUGAAGAAGCAUUCAGAUAUUUUGUUAGGACCAAAGUUAAAUAUAUACACAGAUCAUUUCAAUCUAUUGUAUUUGAAAGAUCAAGCAAUCUUGACGAAGGAUCAGCUCAAGGCAUUGGAAGUGUUGUCACAAUUCAACUAUGAUAUCAAUCACAUUGAAGGAAAGAACAACGUAGGAGCAGAUGUGCUGUCUAGACUUCAGUGUUACCAGAUACCAUUGGAUUUCAGUUACUUGGACGAGAUUAAGAACAGUUAUAAGUCAAGUAAGGAUGUCGAAUUGGUAAAGUUACGUCACAAGGAAUCAUGGAGAGAAAGUAAUGGAUUAAUUUUUAUCUUGGAUAAGAAUUUCAAUGAAAGAUUACUUUUGGUAGAUGAAAAGCAUAUUAAAGAAAUAGCAGAAGGAGUUGGUGUGGAUAUUUCGAUGGAUUUCAUGGAAUUACCAAAGAGCGUUAAUGGUUAUGAUUAUGUUUUGGUAGUGGUGGAUCGAUUUUCGAAAUAUACAACUAUCAUUCCAACUACGAAGGAAAUCACAGCAUUGGGUACAGCAAAGUUAAUUCAUCAACAUGUGUUCUCAUUGUUUGGAUUACCGUUAUCAAUUGUAAGCGAUCGUGAUACUCGCUUUACAAGUGAACUGUGGUUAGAACUCUUUAAGAAGCUAUCGUUGGAGUUCAAAGACAAGUGGGAUGAAGAGAUUAAGAAUAUUCAAUUCGCGAUCAAUUCAACCUAUAAUUCAACAAUCAAACUAUCACCUUUCGAAGUAGUGCUGGGAUACAUUCCUGUAUCGCCAAUUAACAUGUUUAGAAACAAUAAUACAUCGAAUAGAGAAUGGAUCAGAGAGAUGGUCAAAGACAGUUUGUUGGAUAAACAAUUAGAUAUGUUGGAAGCAGAUGGAACCAUCAAGAACAAACCGACUUAUCAGAUUGGAGAUUGGAUGUUUGUCAAAGAUGAAUUUAUCAAUUUAGAAGUUGAUUGGAACACAAACACAGGAUCAAUUAAUAAUAAGAAUCGUGGACCGUUCAAGAUCACAAAGAUAUUCAAUAAUGGUAUCAACGUAGAACUAGAAUUGGAUUACACAACAAAGCGACACAAAGUUUUCAAUAUUAAUCAAUUAGUACAAUUCAAGUUAAACAAAGACAAUGAAUCAUUAGUUAAAGGUAUUGAACCAGAUAUCAUUGACAAUGAAGAAGAGUUUGAAAUAGAACAAAUCAUUGGAGAUCGAAUGUACAGAAAGAAGAAGCAGUAUCAAAUCAAAUGGCUUGGCUAUCCUUUAGACAAAGCUACAUGGCAAUACUCAAAGAACAUGGAUCAUGCUAAAGAUCUUAUUAAAGAAUAUGAAAACAAUAAGAAACAACAAAUCCAAUCAAAGAAGAAGAAGUAA